GUGUGUGGUGCAAGAGAGGCUCUGGUUGUGCUGUGUUGUUAUAUGUGAUGGAAUGGACGUGGAAGUGCACUGAGUAAGAAAACCACUUUACUUUUUUCGGGUAAACAUCUCUUGCAAGAAGUUACAGAGCGUACGCAGGACAUCCACUAUGGCAGAAGGCGACGAUCCCACUAACCAGGGAGGGGGUUACCCGCGCCCUUACUCGCAUGUCAUUCAGUCCAAUCCUUACACCCACGAAAUGACCCUUGCAGCCCAUAGACUCUCAGAUUCGAGGUUCUUUUUCUCGGAAAGGCGACUGUCGCAGCUGUUCAACGUCGACGCGUGGACGGAAGAGGCUGCGGUAACUCCUAAUGAGUUUGGCGAGGAAGAUGACCCGGGUCAUGACCCUCCACCAGAGCCAGCUCCUCGUGCGUCCUACUGCCCACCUUCCCCAGGAACUCCUGGGGAUCCGACGCCCCAGGGAGCAAAUCCGCAUUUUCCGGGUGGUCGUCAGCCUUCCCUCUAUUCCACCCUGGGUUCUGGCUGCCACUUAGACCCCAGGUUCUCGGCCGAGGUGGCCCUCGACAUGGCUCGCCUCUCCACCCUCAGUGGCGGCUCUGGCCGCUUUAGUUCAGGUCGCCUGGAUGACGAAGAUGACGAGGAUUCAUACGGCGUUGGCAACAACGGCGACGUGACACCUACCCCGGGCUCCCCUGGCUCGUGUCUCAACUCUCACAAUGUGUCAGCAAGAUACUCCCAACUCUCCACUAUGACUGACUCCCUCGCUUCCUCAGGUCACCGCUCCUCCCUGCCCUCCGUCCUGUCGGAGUUGGCAGGGGAGGUGGAUGGUGUGGCAGACCUCCUUACUGACGACGACGAUGGUCUGGGUCCCGGACCCAUGGUAUGGGGCGGGGACGAAGUGGUCAACUGGCAAGAAAGAUGCCUAGAGCUAGAGCUCUCCCUGCAGAGGUUCCGGGAUCAGGCCGGCAAGAUCAGGGAACUCCUCAGAGAAAAGGUGAGUUACUCCUUCUUCAAUUGUCUUUUUAAUUAGUCCCCAUGAACCUCCCUUGGAGAAGAAUCGUUCCACUGUAAGCCAUGUUUAUGGUAAGAGGCGAUUAAAAUGCUGGGAGCAAGGGGCUAAUAACCCCUUCUCCACGGAUACAUUACUAACUGCCUUGGCGGAACACGGCCGGUGCGGUAAAAAAAAAUAAUUACUGAGUACGCAUCUUGCAUUCGUUUUUAAGUUUUGCAAAUUGAAUAUUCAACUUGAUCCUCAGCUGUCUUCCACUCUGCCUUAGUGUAAAAAAGAAAACAUUAGUUCAGUGAUAAUCUUCAACAGAAUAAAUGAUCGGGGAGAAAGUACAGAAAC